AUGAUGUCUUAUAUUUGUAGAGGUUGUGGAGGUAGUGGUCCACAACGUUCAUCAUCAAUAAUGACCAAUAUGUUGUUAGGUCAACAACAUAAUCACAUAUCUAUAAAUAUACAUAGUCGUUUGUUAAACUAUUACAGUACUACAUCAUCAUCAUCUUCAUCUUCAUCAUCGAUCAAUAACAAUACUGCACAAGCCGCAUUGUCUGCAAAGAACAAUGAAUCAUUGGACAACAACAAGAAUACACAAAUGUCUCAACAGCAGAUCAACAGAUUGAAGUUGAAGAUACAGAUGCAGAUGAAGCAACAGCAACAACAACAACAACAACAACAAGCACAAUCACAACCUCAGGUCCAGACUCAAGGUCCACCAAAGACACAGGCUCAACCAAAGACACCGCCACAAUCACAGCCAAAGGAUCAGACCCUAACACAGACGCCGACUCAGACACCGACUCAGACACCGACUCAAUCGCAGACACUUACACAACAACCACAAUCACACAAGAGCAUCAAGCAACAAACGAUGAUGAGACAACAACCUCAUCCAGUUCAUGCACUAUUUGGAAGACUGAGAAAUAGAUGGCCCAUCAAGCUCGAGGGAAAGAAGAUGGCAGAUCACAUCCUCGAAGCCAUUGGCAAUGAGACAAUCAAGUUCAAAAAGAAUACUGGAGUCACACCACAUCUAGUCGUUAUAUACGCUGGCGAGAACUCACAGAUUGAGUCAUACAUCAGACAGAAGAAGAUAUCAUGUGAGCGCGUUGGAUUCCAAUUCACACUGGACAAGUUCUCAUCCAAUAUCCAACAACAACAAUUGAUCAAGAAGAUUGAGUAUCAUUCAGCUGACGAGAACGUCUCUGGAAUCAUCGUUCAACUGCCACUACCCAGUCAUCUCAAUGCACAUACAAUCAUCCAGUCCAUCAAUCCACUCAAGGACGUCGAUGGACUCAACUCAUUGAACAUGGCACAGAUAUUCCUUGGCAAAAAGGCCAUAUUCAUCCCAUGUACACCAGAUGGAAUCAUGGAGAUAUUGAGACAGUAUGACUUCAAGAUUGAGGGAUCCAAUGUCGUGGUCGUUGGUAGGAGUAAUUUGGUUGGCAGGACAAUCGCCACAUUGUUGUCUCAGAAGAACACAAAGAAUCAAUCAAUCCAAGGUGGUGCAUCCGUCACCAUCCUUCACAGAUUCUCCAAGAACAUCAGUCAACAUCUCAAACAUGCCGAUGUCAUUAUUAGUGCAACUGGAUGUGCAGGAUUGAUCAAGAAGGAGGAUGUGAAGGAGGGCGCAGUACUGAUUGAUGUUGGAAUCAGCUUUAUUAGCGAUCAAUCAAAGAAGAGUGGAUAUCGCAUGGUUGGUGAUGUGGACCCAGAGGCCUAUUCAAAGGCCAUGGCCUACACACCAGUGCCAGGCGGUGUCGGACCACUGACCGUCGCCAUGCUGCUCAAGAAUGUUCUGAAAGCAGCACAACUCAACUACAAGAUCAAGAAUAAGGAUGUAUCAUCGAGAGGUGACCUGCAA